AGUGACGUCACCCCAGCAGGGGCGGGGCUGCGUGCUGACGCCACACGCUGGGGCGGGGUCGAGAGUUUGGAGACCCGGAGCGGGGCAUCGGAUCCUCUUUCGGGUGGAGCCGAGUCCAAGACAGGCAGUGUGAGACACUCAGGAUAGGAAUGUUCCACUUAAGGACUUGUGCUACUAAACUGAGGCCGCUGACGGCCUCCCAGACUGUGAAGGCACUUUCACACAGCAGAGCAGCAAUGAGGACGUUUGGGCAGGUGCACUGCUAUGCAGCCCCUGUUGCUGCUGAACCCUUCCUCAGUGGGACUAGCUCCAACUAUGUGGAGGAAAUGUACUCUGCCUGGCUGGACAACCCCAAAAGUGUGCACAAGUCAUGGGACAUUUUUUUCCGAAACACCAAUGCGGGGGCACCCCCAGGCACUGCCUACCAGAGCCCACUCCCCCUGGGCACAGGCUUCCUGUCGGCUGCAGCCCGAGUGCAGCCCCUGGUGGAAGCCCAGCCCAAUGUGGACAAGCUGGUGGAGGACCACCUGGCAGUGCAGUCUCUCAUCAGAGCCUACCAGAUACGUGGGCAUCAUGUAGCGCAGCUGGACCCCCUUGGGAUUUUGGAUGCGGAUCUGGACUCCUCCGUGCCCGCUGACAUUAUCUCAUCCACAGACAAACUUGAUCUUGCAGUUUUCAAGGACCGACUGCGUAUGCUGACAGUAGGAGGUAUGAACAUGCGAGUGUCCCCUUUCUGGAGCUGAGGGCUUCAUUCGGAC